CUUAGCUCAGACUCUGGAAGUCUUUCAGGCUAAAACAGGCUUUGUUUACUCCCUGAAUAUAUAAGAAGGUAUUUAAUGCUUCAGUAAUGGUUAAAAAAAAAAGUCUCCUGGGUUUUGUAAGUGAAGAUGAACUUUAACAUUUCUGGACCUUCUACUUUUAAUUCAUACAUGAUUAAUUAAAUCAAUGCAGGAAGGCUUAAUUAACUUCUGAAUACAUAAAGUAUACCCUCUGCACUUGGGUUUGCUGCUGGAAAUCUGGAAGGAGAGCCGUACUUGUGAAGAGAUGACAUGUAAAGUCGUAGAUAAAUCGGAAGCUUGUGCUGCUCCAGACACUGACAGUGAUGAGGAAUGGGCACAGGAACACUACCGACUGGGAAGUUUUGUUGCAUUUCCUCUUGGCUGUCCAGUUUCAGCAACAGCACUGGCACGAGCUGGCUUUGUUUAUACUGGAGAAGGUGACAAAGUAAAGUGCUUCAGUUGCCAUACAACUGUGGAAGGAUGGGAGCCUGGGGAUUCUGCAGUUCAGAGACACAAAAAGCUCUCCCCAGAUUGCAAAUUUAUUACUGAAUCUACUUUUUUGGAAACUAAUGUGCAUCCUCUCGCGCAGAACUACCAGCAUAGAACUGAAAAUGGUUCCAGCAAUUCAGCUCUCCUAUGUGCUCUGGAUGACACAUCUGAUGUGGAGGCAGAUUACCUUUUGAGGACUAGACAGGUUGUGGAUAUGUCAGAUAACGUCUAUCCUAAAAUCCCCGCUAUGUGCAGCGAAGAGACACGAUUAAAGUCUUUCCACAACUGGCCCCUCAAUGGCCAGUUGACACCAAAGGAAUUGGCUAAUGCUGGAUUCUAUUAUACAGGUGUUGGUGAUAAAGUGGCAUGUUUUUGUUGUGGUGGAAAACUGACAAACUGGGAACCUGGUGACAGAGCAUGGUCAGAACACCAGAGGCAUUUCCCCAAAUGCCUUUAUGUCCUGGGCCGGAAUGUUGGGAAUGUUCCAGGUGAAUCUGUUCUUGCUGAGACUGGGAGAAGUGGUCUGAACAAUGCCCAGUAUCCAAGGAAUCCAUCUAUGGCAAAAUAUGGAAAGCGUUUACAAACGUUUUUAACUUGGGUAUAUCCUAUUGACAAGGAGCAGCUUGCUGAAGCUGGGUUCUAUAGUAUAGGUAAUGGUGAUCAUGUUCUGUGUUUCCACUGUGGUGGAGGAUUGCAGGAAUGGAAGGAGAAUGAAGACCCAUGGGAACAGCAUGCCAAAUGGUUUCCUGGGUGCAGAUUUGUGAGAAAGGAAAAGGGGAUAGAAUUUAUAAAUAACGUUCACUUAAGAGAUGGAUGUAGGGAUUCAACAACAGAAGCUGCUGAAGGGACAGUACUUCCUACAGAUCUCAGCACGGAAGAGAAGCUAAGACGCUUGCAGGAAGAAAAGCUCUGUAAAAUCUGUAUGGCUAAAGACAUAUCAGUCGUCCUCAUUCCCUGUGGCCACCUCAUUGCCUGUAAGGAGUGUGCCGAAGCACUUGAUAAAUGCCCUCUGUGUCGUGCAAAUAUAAUGAAAAAACAGGAAAUUUUUAUGUAUUAGUAAAAAACACAGCACUGUGGAUUAAUGUUUCCUGGUUUAUUUGCUUUAAUUAGGUGUCAUGUAAUGCAAACAAUGCAUUACGAUUUCAGCCUGUAAUCACAUGGCUGUGCAUUGAGAAUUUCCUGCUGUCAAACUUUACAUAUCUUUUAACAGUUUAAAAAUUGUUUUCCUUAAGUGAAUUUUGAAUAUUGGAAAACAAAUGUAUAUAUUCUGUAAUUUGAAUUCAUAAAUCUGAUUUGGGAAAUCCUAAGGCAUGCAAA